AUGACAGAUCCAUUAACAUUCUUGGAUGAGUUUAAUGAAUUCUUUUAUUUCCCAGAAGAUAAUGAUACUUUUGCACCAAAUGAAAUUGGGAAAUUGAAAUUUGGAUCAAAGAUAAAUGCAACACCAAAAUCUAUUGAAGUGCCUAGUUCUUAUUUGGAUUUUUCACCUGAAACAAUGAAUAAUUUACCAUAUAGAUUGAGUAUAUCUGGUUUACCAUCUUUUUCUAGAGUAGAAACUCAAAUUAAAAUGAAUUUAACAAUAAAUGCUCCUUUCACUAAUCAUUAUGUUCAUAUAACCCCUGAUCUUAUAUCAAAAAAGAAAUUAUGUUUAGAAGAACCAUAUUCAAAUCUUGAUGAUAAUAUUAAAAAACAUAUUUUGGAAUUUGACGCUUAUAUUCUUACUCAAAGUAAUAAGUCUUGUGCUGUUUGUCCAAGAUGUAUUAAACGAGAACAGAAAAGAGCAUCACGUAGUAAAGCUGGUGAAGAGAAAUCUGCCGUUUGGGAUUGUGAUGUUGAAAGGAAAGCAAUCAUUAUAAAUAAUAAAGAAAUCAUUGCUUUCCAAUCGGGUGUUUUGGAAUUAUCUGCAAGAAUCAUAUGUUAUUGCCGACACCAUAAAGAACUGGAAGGAUUCAAACUUUUAAUAGUACUUAAAAACCAUUUAGGGCAAGUUGUUGCUAAACAAAUAUCUUCCCCUAUUAUGAUUAUGGACAGAAAGAAAAAUUUGAAGGAUUCGGCACCUAGUUCAUCGGCAAAUUUGGUUGAAUUGGAUAAGAAGAAAUUGUCUAUUUCUGAUUCUGAUAAUGAAAAAUUAAUGACCAACCAGUUUGUUCAACUAUCACCAAAUUCAUUGGAUGAAUCGGCAUCUGAAGCUUUAGCCACUACUGAUUAUGAAACUAGAGGAGUGAAACGUAAGAAGUUGUCUGUUGAUGAUUCUUUCAACACCACAUCUAACCCAAUGUACAAUGGGUUUAGUGGUUAUUCUCCAAUGAGUAAUAGUGAUACAAAUACAUCGGCUAUAAGUCAAAGUUUCUCGGGUCCAACAAUAUCAAAGCCAUCUCUGGCUCAAUUUUCUAUUGGAUUUUCACCGAUUAGUCAACCACAAUUUCCAUCACAAUUCCAAUCACAAACACAAUUGCUACAACAACAACAACAACAACAACAACAACAACAACAACAGCAGCAGCAACAGCAACAACAGCAAACUGUACCAUCAAUUCAAAAAAUUAUACCAGCUCAAGGUCUGAUUCGAGGUGGCAUUGAAGUCACAAUUUUGGGUUUCAAUUUUCGUCCUGGUUUGCUGAUCAAGUUUGGUGCAAAUCAAGCAUUGGCUACUCAUUGUUGGUCAGAAACUACUAUUGUUACGUAUUUACCACCUGCAGCACAACCAGGUCAAGUCUUGGUCACGUUUGAAAAUCAAGAUAAUGAUAAUGUAGGAGGACCACAACAACAACAAGUGUUUACUUAUACUGAUGAUACUGAUCGACAAUUGAUUGAAUUGGCUUUACAGAUUGUUGGAUUGAAAAUGAAUGGGAAAUUAGAGGAUGCUAAGAAUAUUGCUAAAAGAAUUGUUGGCACUGAUAAUAAUAAUAAUAAUAAUAAUAAUAAUAAUAGCAGUAAUACUAAUACUAAUACCAGUACUAACAGUAAUAGUCCAGCAGAUAAUGAGAAUGACAAUAAUAAUACCAAUAAUAAUACUACUGCUGGUGCUGCUGCUCCUGGUGCUGCUCCUGGUAAUACUGUUACCUCAACAAAUUCAAAUACAUCUUCUAGUUUUGAAAAUGAUGAAAAAUCAAUGGCUAAAUUGAAUAAAUUAGUUGAAUUUUUCGAAUCGAGAACUAAUAAUCAAGAUGAUUUGGAAAAAUGGUCAAGUAUGAAAACAUCGGAAAUAUUUGGUGAUCAAGAAGAAGAAUAUUUUGCUGAUAGUGAAGUUGUACCAUCAUAUAAAUCAAUAUUCCCUAAUGGUGGUAAUGCUAAUAAUACCAAACUAAUAGCUGAACCUACACCUGAAGCUGAUGCUGGUGCCACAUCAGAUUCUUCUGAAGAUAUGGUUGUCACAUAUAUUAAUCAUCCUCGUAAAUCAAUGAAGAAUGAUAAAAUGUUAUUAUUCUUUUGGAUACCGGCAUUAGUAAUCAUGUUGUUUACCUUCUUUAUGGUAUAUGUGGUGGGAUAUCAAUUGAAUGAUUAUUCCAUUGUUGAAAAAAUGUUGAAUUGUACUUCUUUACUAAGGUGA